GAUUGAUGGAGGCGAAACUAAACAGACGACAAAAUUCUCAUGUCGGGCUAAAAAAAUCUGUCAAAUGAGUUAAUUCUGUGCGAUACAGCGGUGUCUGGUGAACGUCAAUAUGGAAACUAAACCAUUGGUCACAUGUCAUGGCGACCAGAGUUUGUUUUCAGUGUUGCACCCAACAAUACUACAAGGGUUGCCUAGGGAUCCUAUUGAAUGGAGAAGGUCAUAUGGCAGGCCUCCAAAAACUGUGCAUCUUGAGGCUAGUUUUGUACCCUUUGAUUCUGACAUUCUCCCAUUGGAGACAGACCGUACAUUGGUCAGCAGGCCUUUCUUCCAUAUCUACUGGACAGACUGUGACAUGGAAUCUUACAAACAAGUGGUGCGUGAGGAAAUGAUGGAAUGGCAGGCUGCACUAAAGGCUAAAAACAUUCCUGAUUGGCUAAUUGUGGUGGUGGUGAAUGAUGAAAGUAAACUGAAGACAAAGCUGCUACCAAGGUCAUCUGUAAUAGACAAGGUCAGGAGUGACUUCUGCAACAAACAACAGGACAGGUGUAUAGUGUUAUAUGAGCCAAGUAAAUCUGAGCCAAAGAGUCUGGACUCGUGGGGAAACUUCUACCAGCGAGUACGUCAGUUGUUACUACAGGCUUGCACUCGCACCCUGGGCAAGUAUGAGGACAGGAUGAGGGCCUUCAGGGAGAAAAGAAACGAGGCUGGCUGGAGCUUUGUCGAGUAUUUCCUGGUGCAGGAGGAGUUAGCCUUUAUGUUUGAGAUGAUGGGAGUGUUUGAAGAUGCUCUGGUUCAGUAUGAUGAGCUGGAUGCUCUCUUCACACAGUUCGUGCUGAACCAGGCAGCUGGAGGAACUGCUGAUUGGUUGGCCAGUUUCAGUCAGCCAUGCCACAGUUGGGCCGGCCUCUCACUGGCUAAAGCUCUGGACCGGGAGACACGUGACCUGGUGAAGCAAAACAAAGCUACACUGUUGGAGUUCCGUAAUUACCUCUUCUCUCGGCAGUGUGCACUGCUCUUCCUGAUGGGCCGGCCCGGGGAGGUGGCCCAGAGGGCAAUGGAAUACCUACAUAACACUGUACAGGAGAUGGACAUACUAGAGAUAAAUCUGCCUGAUGGUGCUGUGGCCUGCUGGGUAUUUCUGAGUGCCCUGGAGGUGUUGUCUGGGUGUGAGAAGUACUGUGACUCCAGCCACAUCACACCCUACUCUCUCUACACAGCCACGCUCUGGGACUAUGCUAGGAAAAAGCUAAAGGAGUUAGGCUGUCUCUGUGGUCUGAUGCCAGGAAGGGAAUCUGAGCCCACUUCUAAACAACUGACCCUGGUGGUCGACCUGCUGGGAGGCAUGGGGUCAGGGGAAGAGACAGGUGAGCCUAAACCUAUGGAUAAACUAAGGGAAGCUCUGUCAUCAAAGGAUACUUUUGAGAAACAUUAUUUGGAGCUGUCAGAGUUAGCCAUGGGCACAUUCAAGCACAUUGGCAGGCUUAGGUCAGCUCGGCUUAUAGGAAAAGAUCUGGCAGAGUUCUAUAUGAACAGAGGUGAGCCUCAGAAAGCAGAGGCUUUCUUAGUGGAUGCUUUGAAGAUGUUCAAACAUGAGGGCUGGGACAUUCUGGCUGAGCACAUCCGGCUAGACAUCGCUAAGUGUCAGGAAAAGCUUGACAACAAGCACAAGUUGUUGAGGACAGCUUGUCACAUUGCUUGCUGCUCCCUGAUCCCAUCUAAACAACGGGCCUACUACCAACAGGUGCUCACCAAACUAACGGCUUCAUUUACAGAAGAGCCAGUGCUGUUGAAGGCCCAGUCAGGGUUUGUGGUGAAGUCUGUGACACUGCUGAAGCCACAGGUAGUGAAAGGUGACUGCAUGGAAGUAGAGCUGUGUCUGCAUAGUAAAUUUGCUAAGGACAUAAUGUGUGACACCAUUAGUGUAGCAGUCAGUCUGCAACCACCGGACAUCAAACCGGACCUAGACCCUGCUGUGUCACAGGGUGUAACAUCACACAAACGACAUGCUAGCCGUCAGGACAGUUCCUCCAGCACUAGCCUAGAACCCAUUAUGACUUUUCACUCCAUCAAGAGCCCGCUUCCAGCAAAAAUUGACAUUGUGGCCAAAACUGAGCGCAAGGACACCCUGUUGCAGACAUGUGGCUUGAUGUGCCCCAACAGCCACACCCUGUUGAAGAGAGGAGACAGUGGUGCUGUAGUGAAGACUGAGUCUCUGUUAGCUAAAGAGGACCAUACUUCAGCCCUGACAGCUGAGAAUGUCACUCUCAAACCUGGCAUCAAUGAUGUCAAUCUCACAUGUAAGGCGUCUAAUAAAGGUGUGUUUAAGCUGAAUCAGCUGUGUGUCAAGGUCAAAGGUGUGGAAUUCCUGAAAAGUCCUGUGCUGUCUCAGACCUAUUACCAGGUGUUGUGUGAUGACCCUCAUGUAGAUGUCAAACCUCUACAAACAGGGUCUCUCAUAUGUGGCAUAGAACAGACUGCUCGUCUCACUCUGUACACAGGCAGUGUUACUGUGCCAGAGGCAGCAACCCUGACUCUCAAACCUUGCUUUGGCCUGACAUUUGUAUCUGCUGACAUGAAGGACAAUGUUCUGAGGUUACCUGGCCCAGCACAGCCUCAGUGUGAGCUCUCUAUACCCCUGUCUGUGAUGUCUGUGCUACCGAAGCCAAAGAAAAUGUCGGUAGAUUAUAAGAUAUUACUUGAGGGGACCUGGUUACCACAGGGAAAACUGACAGCUACCCUCACAUUUGUGAACCCUUUCAAAAUCAGUCACAAGCUCCAUACAGCUAAGGACAAAAAGUUUGUUCAGCUACUGGUGACAAGUGAAACAGAGACAGAGUUCUGCCUGACAGACCCCCUGUUGACAGCUGUGAAGAGCCAGGACGUAGAGCUGUUAACCCUCAACAGACCUGGCCAAUCACUGAAGGUAACGAAAGUCCAGAAGGUGUCCUACUUGUGGCAGUUAAAGAGUAAUAUAGCAGAGUGCCCACCCCUGGACUUCCAGCUUACAUUCAGCUACAGGUGUCUAUUAGACCAGGCCAGUGGUCAAACCAGACAGUGUGUGUAUGACUUUACACUGGACAGUUAUCAGACCCUGUACAGCCUGGCCUGUGAGGUGCUGCCUCAGGGGGAUCAGAAGGCUUGUCGGGUGGGGUCUGCCUGCUGUCUGCGCCUCCAGCUCACCCACAUGUCACAGCCCCUUAGCAAGGCCACCCAGCUCCUGUAUGAGAUCACACCUGACAGCUCAGUGUGGGUGGUUGAAGGGAAAACAACAGGUGUGUUCUCCUCAGCCGAAGUGCCCUAUGAGACAGAGUUACAGGCUACACCUCUCCUUUCAGGCUAUCUAGCCUACCCAUUUGUCAGGAUACAUCUGUACCAACCACCAGAUAAUCAGAGUCAAGAUGUCUGGAUAAGGCAGGAUAGUGAUGAGGGCGGUGACAUCAGCAGUCAGCCGAGCUCCCCAACCCACCUCAACUAUACCAGGCCCUUCUCCGUGGGACAAGUCUACUACAGCAGCAUUGGCAAGCAGGUUCAUGUGUGCCCGGUCACCUCAAGCGAGGACGUUGAAAUCUCUAUGGCCUAAGUUUAUGCCUUAGUCAGGAAAAUUCUUAACUGAGUUGUCUAAAGCAGGUUGAUUCAGUUUGUUGCUCUUCACAUAAGCAAGGAUUUGUCAGGACUAUUGAUGACAAAACUCCGGUGAUAGUGCUGUUUGCUUGCAUUUAUAGUGGCUAAAAUAUCAUGAAAAUUAUGUUACAAGUAUUGUUCCAUUGGUUUAUACCGAAAAGCCAAUAAAAUCUUGAGACAAAAUAUAGUAUGAAGAGACGCUGUUGGAUGAGUGCACUUUGUGACCUCGACAUACAGGUCAAUAUUCACCCUGUGAGAUUUUAUUGUCAGUUGUUCGUACUUACCAAGGUUAUUCACAAUACUCAGCAACCAUGAAAGCUGUAACAAACACUGAAAAUCUCCCGCAAAAAGGCUAGAUGAAUGCACAUUUUAUGACCAUUUUUAUUGUGAUUAAGACUUAUAAAAGUGAACAAAUUGUUAUAACGUAUUGUAUCUGUGAUAUUGUACUGCGCAGUAUUUAUGCUGCGGAGUAAAUACACUUGUUAAGAUUCCAUUCAUUUUGCAAAUGUUAAAGACAAGUGCUGGAAGAUGUAAAUUUAUUUUCUUGCACAGGAAUGUAGUCAAUAUAUUGCUUAGAACCAGCUAAAUAUGUUCUAUUAAAACCUGGGCUCAGUUGUUCAAAAGUGUAUUAGAAGUGUAAAGUAUUAGUUUUAGGCUGGACUGAAAGAAGUCCCAUUAGUUUAUAGAAGAACCAGAUUGGUAUUCAUAUUUAACCCUGGCUUAACUUAAUACACUUUUGAACAACCAGCCCCAGGUGUUCAUAAACACUUCAUGGAACCAUAAAGGCACGUUUUUUGCACAAAUGCCAUUAAUUAAGCCUUGUCAUGGUAAAUUUGGUAUGCAGACAGUUACUUUUUUUAAUACAUGUCAGUUCUAGUAUAGGACUAGGAUGUUCUUGUACCUUAGUUUAUUUCUAGUCAUCCUUGGCAAGAUCUCCAAGAAAAAUGUCUAAAUAUUUAUGUAGGAAAUGGCACUAAAUAUUGUUGUAAAUUUAAGUAUUUCUUUUUCUAUAUGUUAAAUUGGACAUAUUUACAAAGGUAAAGAACUAAACCUGAUCAAGCUAGAUGUAGCAUCACAUUGCUAUGAAAACCUUUCAUUAUUUAGGGAAUAUAUUUUCAUAGUAGGAAAUCCUUAAAACAUGAUAGCAAGCCCUUGUAAUAAAAACAGUGUACAUGUAUGUUGCUUUUAGUUGAUAUUUAAGAUGUAAACUCAACAACUGUACAUGUGUUCUUUUACAGGUACAUGUAUAUCAAAUCAAGGCAUUAAGUUUUAGCGGUGUAUUUUAAAAUCAUUAACGAGCCUAUCAGAACUGGAUAAAAAUACUGCACAUCAAUUAUGUUUGGUUUUGUUUAAGUUGUUUUCUUCUCUUCUUUGUGGUUUGUCAGGUAUUCAUUAAGUUUGACUCUCUGCUUGUACAUGUAUCAGUUCUUGUUUUUUGCUCCCCCCUCCCCCCAAACCCCAAAUUUCCUUUCUUCCUUUUUGAGUGAUACUUUUGUCGUUUGGUUUUUUGUUCAUGAUUUUGUUAAAAUUUCUAACUCUACAUGUAAGAAAAUAUCAGAUACAUUGUGUGUCAGUGUUCAUGCUGAAUAUAAAGCUCAUACACCGUUUUAUAUCCAGUUCUCCAGGUAUAGUCUUGAACUGAAUGAGGAUACAUUCCCACAGAAAACUGCUCACAUUAGAACAUUCUGAUGCAAAAACUGCAAGAAAAUGUAUCAGUGCGGAAUAUUAGUGCAAUACUGGUUUAGUUCUGAUAACUGUUCAUGUUUUAAUGGUUUUCUUGUGUGGGUUCAAUCCCAGCCAUGGGCAGGGUAUUUGUUUUGUUCUGAUGGUUGUUUACCAAUACCCAGUACUGUCAGUCUGCUGCUGGAUCCACACUUGAUCCAAACAGAGUAUUUGUCUUCAGACAUAUCACUGUAAUUCUUAUAAAGUCAAAUUCAGUAGAAAUAAGACCAGAGUAGUUAUUGUAUGUAUCCAGUGCU